GCCAGUUGACUCGAUGCCCACUGUUGAUCCAGAUGAUCCGGUACCUGAUCCGGUGCCCGCUGUCGAGCCAAAUGACCUGAUGCCUGGUGACCCAGUGCCCGCUGUCAUACCGGGUGACCCGAAUGCCCGCUGUCGAGCCAGACAAUCCCGUACCUGAUGACCCGCCCACUGUCUUGCCAGAUGACGCGGUGCCCGCUGUCGAGCCAAAUGACCUGAUGCCUGGUGACCCAGUGCCCGCUGUCCAGCCAGACGAUCCGAAUGAUCUGACCCAGUGCCAAGCGGUCAUCCCCCAGUUGACCUCGGAGCCCACGGUUGUGCCUGGUGACUCGGUGGGCCCGCCGCCCCGCCUGGGGGCCUGAGACCUGUCGUUCCGCCUGGGGGUCCGGCCCCGCCGCUCCGCCUGAGGUCCGAGACCUGUCCGCUCCGCCUGGGGGUCCGGCGCCCGCCGCUCCGCUUGAGGGCCCGAGACCC